AUUUUCCCGUGUUGGAUAACUGACAGACUUGAGUAGGAAUAAUAGUGACUGUUUUUUUUUUUUUUUUUUUCCUCUCUGUAGCUCUAAGAAAAAAGAGCCGGCCCAUUUCUUUACUGAUGACCAUUCUUUUACAAGUCCUUAGAGGCACUUCCACUUGGAGUGCCAGCUCUCACAGGGAAAGAAAAAGAGGAGGGUCAAGUAGCCAUAAAACUUUGAAGAAGGGAAGGAAAGAAGCAGAGCAUUGUUGCAGAACAUAACUGGGAGAGUAGAUAUUAUUUUACAUCUACAUAAAGGGAUUUCCAAAUCAACAAGACAAGAUUCAUGUAACUUAACCGAAACACUCAAAUGAGCAUGCAACUGGCAGGUUAGAAGCAAAGGCAGGCGAGUCAUCAAAACAGAAAGCGUCCUGUCUCAGCCUAGAAGCUGCUAAGGUAGCGACUUCAGGCAGAAUCAAGAUUCCCUUUCCAGUCAUCAGUGUGCGUUUUCUCCUAUGAGCAGAAAGCAGCUGAUCAAGUUCCACUAUUCUUCUCCCCAUCGUCCUGAAUAUCGGCAGCCUGCAAGGGAACUCUCUCCAGAGCAGAGAGGAAGCAGGCGGUGAGAAGCGUGAGCUGCAGAGUGAAAGAGUGAAAGACAGCUGUGCCUCAAGAUGGCUGUUGGUUUCUGCAGCUCUCCAUUCAGCUAAAAGGUGCUAAUGGUGUAAUUUAUGAGCGAUGUUUUCAUCUGUCACUGCUCUGUGUUUUUAUGACGAGACCAAAAGAAACCACUGAGGGGUCAUCCAGCAGAGGAGGGAGGACUGUUCCAAGACCGUCUGUACGACCUGGCAAGAUACUCCAUGGCUGACCAGGGAAGGGAAGAACUCUUGAAUUUCCCAUCUCCUGUCACCAAGUCAUGGGCUGCCCUUUGAAGAAUAAGGCUGCAGAUUCUUCAUUUGAUUUUAGCUCUGCUGAAUAUGCUACACAAUUUGAACAAAAUGGAAGGAGAAGAUGCCUCCCCCACAGGCACAUGGGACUCAUUGGCAUACCCUGGGUCCCCACAGGCAGAGAAGACAGCUGCACUUCUGGGUCAUCACCGUUGAGGAUCAUCCUGGUGGGCAAAACAGGCAGUGGGAAGAGCGCCACAGGGAACAGCAUCCUCUGCCAGCAGGUCUUCAAGUCCAAGCUACAGGCCCAGCCCGUGACCAAGAAAUGCCAGCGGGAAGCAGGCACAUGGAACGGGAGGAGCAUCCUGGUGGUGGAUACGCCCCCCAUCUUUGAGGCAAAGACCCAGACCCAGGAUGCAUACCAGCACAUCGCAGACUGUUACCUGUUCUCUGCCCCAGGGCCCCACGUGUUGCUGCUGGUGACCCAGCUGGGGCGCUUCACGGACCAAGACACCAUGGCAGUGAAGAGGUUGAAGCAGGUGUUCGGGAUGCAGGCCCUGAGGCAUACGGUCGUCCUCUUCACCCACAAGGAAGACUUGAAGGGCCAGUCCCUGAAGGAUUAUGUGACCAACACGGACAAUGGGGCCCUCCAGGACCUGGUCCUGCAGUGUGGGAGGAGAGUCUGUGGCUUCAACAACUGGGCAUCCGGGGAGGAACAGCAGGCCCAGCUGGCGGAGCUCAUGGCUGUGAUUGCACAGCUGGAGCAGGAGCUCAAGGGCUCCUUCCUCAGCAAUGACCUCUUCCUGCAGGUGCAGCAAGGUGGGGAAAGGGUCUGCCAGGGAGACAACAGGAGGAGGUUCCUGGCCAAUGUGAAGCAGCAGGUGGAGAAGCAGAAGCAAGAGCUGAAAGAGCAUGAGAGCAAUUGUGCAUUUAAAGCUCUUUUCAGAGUCAAGCGCUGGGUGAAUUCACGUUGUGAGCUUUGGCUUACUCUUCUCUUGUGGAGCUUUUUUUUCCUACUAAUUUUCUUGAUUAUAUUUUACUAUGUUUAGUUCUUGGUGCUGUAGUGACAUUUUUUAAAGUCUCACCCAGUGAAUCUACUGUUUCCAGACCCUGACUGAUUCUGCACCACUUCUGCCUGCCCUUCACCCUUACAGCAUCAGCUUUGUUCAGAUUUCUGCUGUAGGUCUAAAUACUUCCCACUGUCUUUGCCAAUACAGCUUCAGAAAUGGCCUUGAGACUCCAUGUCAACCAAUGAGAAGUGCUUAUAAGUGCAGUUCAUGACUAUGAAGAUUUCGUUCUGUCCUAGAGGAGACCCGUUGAAAGAGACAGAUUGCAUUCAUUUUCUGGGAAUUUAUGGAUCUGAGAUGCAUUGCAUUUCAGCAUCCACUGUGCCACCCGCCCAAUAUGGAAGGCUUACUCGAAAGCAGAUCAGCAAUAAAAUGAAUCUUAGCUCCUGACUCAUCAGCCCCAGAGCUUACUUUGUCUUUGGAUUUCCAAUGAUAUCAGCCAACAAAUGUCAAGCUGCUUGAGCUUUACUUGUAUUUGAGCUAGUGAAGAGUUCUUCAGAUCACUUUUCAUUCUUUAAAUCUAUGAGGACUUCCAUGUUCUGACACUUCUUUUGGGAAAGGCAUCCACAAUAAACGAACAAGUUGGUCA